AAGGGACAUUACAGAGCUCAGAACUAAGUAUGCUGCAGCCCGAAAUGGCUGCUGGACAGCUAUCCUAGGGAGAAAAUAAUGAUACCGGAAAAUCUCAUUGCCAAAACUUUCUCUUUUUGCAUUUUUUGAAGUGUAGUUUCCCAUUUUUGCUUUGGACCAGAAGUAUCCUUCAGCUCUGGGGAGAUUUGUACAGACAGUGGCUGCAGCUGCUCAUGUUUGCACUCCCUACUCACAUUACCAGCAACUACUAGAACUACGGAAUGGUGCUCAAUUGUACAGAAAUCAAUGACGUGCUGGAGAGGUACUACCUGUCACCGUCUUAUGGCAUCGAGUUCUGCAUCGGUUUCCCUGGCAACCUUUUGGUUGUAUUUGGCUACAUAUUUUGUUUGCCGAAGUGGCAGAGCUGCAAUGUUUACCUCUUCAGCCUGGCGGUCUCCGACCUUCUUUUCCUCUGCACACUGCCACGCCUCUCAUACCUCUAUGCCAAUGACCAAUCAGAGACCAGUCCCUAUGCUUGCAUUAUCAACCGCUAUGUCCUGCAUGUUAAUCUUUACUCGUCCAUCCUGUUUAUGGUUUGGCUUAGCAUGGACCGCUUCCUGCUCAUAAGACAUCCAACACAGAACCACUGCCUGCUGAGGCCACGAGCGGCCCUGAUUGUUACAGGGCUGAGCUGGCUAGCAGUCAAUGUGGAAGUUGCUCCAAUGAUAUCACUGAUGGUCCACGACCUGAAGAGCGGAAACUGGAGUCGCUGCAAGGAUUUUGCCAGCCUCAAAGGAGACAUCAAUACAUUGGGCUACAGCCUGGGACUAACCUUGACCGGUUACUUUCUCCCUCUGCUUGGACUUUGUGGUUUCUCCUACAAAAUUGCACAUCUGCUCCGUGUCCAGGAAAGGGCUGUGCAGCGCAGGGCAACGUCGUACAAGCGGCCUCUCAGGGUUGUUGCAUCGGCUGCAGUCAUGUUUCUGGUUCUCUACACUCCCUACCAUGUGCUGAGAAAUGUCAGAAUAGCAUCUCGGCAGUCCUGGGCAGGGCUGCAACUGUGCACGAGGAUGUACAUAGAGGGCCUGUACAUCAUGACCCGACCGUUGGCCUUCUUGCACAGUGUCAUCAACCCUGUGUUCUACUUCCUCAUGGGUGACAAGUUCAGAGAGCUCCUACUCACUAAGCUCAGAAAGCUGCUCAGGAAGAGGCAGAAUCAGCCUGACCAAAUUCAACACAAGGUACCUACAUAUGAGUCACGCAUCGAGAUAGUACAAUGAUACUCAGCUCCAUCUUUACAUGUAUUUUGUUAAAGUUUUAUGCUAAAAUAAAAUAAAUUCUGGCCAGAGCCUGUUGUUAUUUUUAUAGUAACACUCUGUUUAAGCAUGUAUGGCAGUAUGUGUGUGCAGAUAGGUUGCUGUUUGUAUUUGUAUCUGUAUUUUUGGAAAAAGCAUUAUUAUUUAUGUUUGUAGUCGGAUGAAACUGGUGGUGCAUGAUUUAUCAUUUGUACUUCUAUUUUGGGAUGUCUGUGCACUUAAAUGUAAUAAAACAUAACCUAACUCAACGAACAGUAAUUUGCUGCUGCUAAUUAUUUCUAUUGGAAGAUUAAUGACAAGUGAUAAAAUCACAUAUAUCUGCCCACUCCGUGCUGAGCAAAGCGUUUGUGUGUGAGAAUGGAUACCGAAUAUCAGUUCUGUUGGUCAUUCACAUAAUAAUCCAUUCCAUGUAGUUAAUGCCUGAUACUUUUACACUUUUAAUCAGUAUCAAUACCGGUAUUAAUAAAAUCACAGUGAUAAUCAACUCUGCCAACCAUUGCUUCGAUGGAUUUUCCCAUCAUUUUUCUUGUGUAAUGUGAAACUUUAGCUGUCUGUAAGUAUUUCUGAGAACUUCUUUCUAUGCACUCUACAUCUGCAUUUUAUUAAAUGGGACAUACAACUGAAACAUUGAAAAAGGUGUAUUUGUUAUC